AUGGAGAGCAAGGAUACAAGUGCUGAAAUCCAAAUAAGAUACCAUCCCUUUUACAUGGCUGUUCAGGAGCAAAUUCGAUUAAAGAAUAUAAGAAACGUAUAUGGAAGAUGCCUGUGGUAUCGCUUGCGACUGUUGAAACCACAGCAAAACAUAAUUCCCACAGUAAAGAAAAUAAUCCUCCUUGCUGGAUGGGCAUUAUUUUUGUUUCUUGCAUACAAGGUUUCCAAAACAGACCGAGAGUAUCAAGAAUACAACCCUUACGAGGUUUUGCAUUUGGAUCCUGGAGCAAGUAUAUCUGAAAUUAAGAAACAGUACCGUGCACUGUCACUAAAAUACCAUCCAGAUAAAGGAGGAGAUGAAGUUAUGUUUAUGAGGAUUGCUAAAGCUUAUGCAGCAUUAACUGAUGAAGAAUCACGAAAAAACUGGGAAGAAUUUGGUAAUCCAGAUGGACCACAAGCUACUAGCUUUGGUAUAGCUUUGCCGGCUUGGAUUGUGGAUCAGAAAAAUUCUAUUUUGGUUUUGCUUGUGUAUGGAUUAGCAUUUAUGGUUAUUCUGCCAGUUGUUGUGGGUUCCUGGUGGUAUCGAUCAAUACGAUAUAGUGGAGACCAGAUUCUCAUUCGCACAACUCAAAUAUAUACAUAUUUUGUCUAUAAAACGCGAAACAUGGACAUGAAACGGCUUAUCAUGGUUUUGGCAGGAGCAUCUGAAUUUGAUCCUCAGUACAAUAAAGAUGCUACAAGCAGACCAGCAGACAACAUCCAGAUACCACAGCUAAUCAGAGAAAUUGGUGGCAUAAAUUUAAAGAAGAAUGAGCCUCCACUUACCUGCCCUUACAGCCUGAAAGCCAGAGUUCUGUUGUUGACUCAUCUUGCCAGAAUGAAAGUGCCCGAGACUCUUGAAGAAGAUCAACAGUUUAUCCUGAAAAAGAGCCCUGCACUACUUCAAGAAAUGAUUAACGUGAUCUGCCAGCUAAUAAUAAUGGCUCGUAGCCGUGAAGAAAGGGAGUUCCGUGCUCCAUCUUUGGGCUCUUUGGAAAAUUGCAUGAAGCUUUCCCAGAUGACUGUCCAAGGACUGCAGCAGUUCAAGUCUCCCCUUUUGCAACUGCCACACAUUGAAGAGGACAAUCUUAGGCGGGUCUCCAAUCAUAAAAAGUACAAAAUCAAAAGUAUUCAAGAUUUGGUGAGUUUGAAAGGUUCUGAUCGUCGUAAUUUGCUGCAUUUCCUAGAAGAUAAGAAAUAUGAUGAAGUUAUGGCUGUCCUUGGUAGUUUUCCAUAUGUCACUAUGGAUAUAAAACCACAGGUUUUGGAUGAUGAAGACAGCAACAAUAUUACAGUAGGUUCACUUGUCACUGUUCUGGUCACACUGACAAGACAGACCAUGGCGGAAGUGUUUGAAAAGGAACAGUCUAUAUGUGCAGCAGAAGAGCAACCAGCAGAAGAUGGGCAAGGAGAUGUCAACAAAAUUAAGAGUAAAGGAUGGCAGCAGAAGAAUAAAGGAACCAAGAAAGCUUCAAAAUCAAAGAAGAAGAAACCAUUGAAAAAGAAACCUCUGCCACCUUCAUUGCAGCCACCAAAACAGCAGAAGCAAAAACAAGCUAAUGGGGAAGUAGUUGUGAAGGAAGAAGAAGAAGAAAUUUCUGAUAAAGGAAGUGAAUCUGAAGAAGAAGAAACAAACAGGGACUCACAAAGUGAAAAAGAUGAUGGAAGCGACAGAGACUCCGACAGAGAACAAGAUGAGAAACAAAACAAAGAUGAUGAAGCUGAGUGGCAAGAAUUACAGCAAAGUAUACAGAGAAAGGAACGAGCUCUUCUUGAAACCAAAUCAAAGAUAACGCAUCCUGUUUACAGUCUUUUUUUUCCUGAGGAAAAACAAGAAUGGUGGUGGCUGUAUAUUGCAGAUCGGAAGGAGCAGAUGCUAAUAUGUAUGCCAUAUCAUGUUUGUACACUAAAAGAUAAAGAAGAGGUAGAGCUGAAAUUCCCAGCACCAGGCAAGCCUGGAAACUAUCAGUACACAGUUUAUUUAAGAUCGGAUUCAUACAUGGGUUUGGACCAGAUUAAACCAUUGAAGCUGGAAGUUCAUGAAGCAAAACCAGUGCCAGAAAACCAUCCACAAUGGGAUACAGCAAUAGAAGGUGAUGAGGACCAGGAAGACAGUGAGGGCUUUGAAGACAGUUUUGAGGAGGAAGAGGAAGAAGAGGAAGAUGAUGAUUAAACAGUACUAUUAAUUGACUACACUAUUUGCACACACUGCAAACUCUUGGUCUGACUGUGGGACUGUACAAUAAUCAAGAAACAGUACAGAAGCUUUGAGAAGGCUGAGUUUAAUUUUUCUUUACCAAUUAUGAGUGCAUUAUGUAACUUCUCAGUGGAGGUUAAGCAAAUCUGUUGCCAUUGAUACAACCUUGGAAUAUGCUUAUGGCUCAUGGCCGUCAAGUGCAGGAUGAUGCAUUUGUUUCAAUUGAAAAUAAAAGCUUUUUUAUUAUAAAUGUC